CACACAGAGCACCAUGUCACUGGCAUCCUGGUUCAGGUGGAAUGACCCCCCAAACCGCAUUUCCCAGAGGAAUCCCACAGAAAUGGUGGUUGAAACACUAAUGAUGGAGCUGACCUGGCAGAUCAAGCAAGCAGAGAAGCAGCAGCGAGAGCGGGAGAAUGAGUAUCGCAAGAUCAAGACUGGGGUGGACUACGGCUGGCUCAUCAGCCAGCCAAAGCAGAGCUAUGACAUCAGCCCAGGAGAACGGCUGCAGCUGGAGGAUAUGUGUACCAGAAUACAUCCUUCCUACUGUGGGCCUGUCAUACUCAGAUUCCGGCAAGUCGUUGCUGAAUAUGAACCAGAAGUGCAGGAAGUAUCCCGGCUCUUCCGCUCCGUCCUGCAGGAAGCUGCUGAGAAGAUCAAAGAGGAGGAAGAGGCCAAGAAGCUUGCCAGGCAAUGGAACACAAAGAACAGAACCAGCCUCUCCUUAACAUCAUUUAAAUCUCGGUCCAGGAUUUCCCCAUUCAUCAGUGAUAUCAAGACCAUCUCUGAGGAUGUGGAACGGGGCACACAGCCCACCAGAAGGGUUUGGAGCAUGCCAGAAUUUCGGAGCACCAAGGAUUUCUGA